AUGAUUAUAGCCAUCGGAGCGGCCUCUUUCAUGCUUUACUUGUGGGUGACUGAAGGCGCUAAUUUCAGACGUAAAGGAAAAUUUGCCAAAAAUGAAGGACCAAUCAAAGUACCCCCAGAACUGAUGAACCUUCGCUCAGGUAGCAGUCGAGAGCGCUUUGAAGCGGAUCUACCCCUUGCAACUGCCGAAAAAAGUUCGCCUACACUCUUUGUGAGACUUGGCAGAGCUCCAGAAGCGACAAUGUUAGAAGGAACCGAUCUUGCUGUGUCAUAA